AUGAGGAUUCAGGGCAAGAUCAACGAUGAGAACGGGCUUGACGGCUUCUUCCUGGACCUCUCAUGCGACACGGCAGAGGGUGUCAGUGCGACUCUCCAGUUUGAAUGCCCAGACACCGGCCUGUGCUCCGACCGCGAGGGCAACGCACUCCAGCCCGCCGUCGCAACCAUCCAGGGAGUCAUGAAUGUGGUCAACGCCAGCAAUGCGGCGUGCAAGGGAGUGGAGGCGCAGAUCGAGGUCACGCUGACAGGCUUUGUGGACGAAUCGGAGUCCCUGAUCGCUCAGCAAUUCGAAUAUGACCAGACGCAGCGCAUCCUUAUCGUCGGAGACGACGAACAGAGUGACCUCGUCACUGCGAGGGCUAUCGGUAUCCUAUCCCCUGCGGCGCAGACAGGCCUGGGCCUCCUGGCAUUCCCUGAUACCGUGCCUGAGAGAUGCGAUGUCCUUCUGAAUCAGCGGGUCUUCACCGUCACCAGUGGCGAGACCGAGGCAGGGGGCAUCAUAGCGUUGAUUGCCUCGGGGUUUGGGAGGGAUGUGGUGACUAGGGAAGCCUUUCGAAAGGUAUGCGGGUGGGCGGACACAUAUCUGCUCAGAUCGGGUGUAAUCGAAUGUUCCUUCGUGUCAUCAGAAACCGUUGGAAGCCAGCAACUUUGCUUUCGGAGAAUGA